AUGAAUUGGGGUGGUGUUGCGGGAGCCAAAGUGCAUGAACCUAGCCAACACUCUCCCGCUGCGUGCCACAUGUCAUCCGUCAACCACUGUAACACAAACCCCGCCAACAAGCGCCAGCUCACCCUGCACUUUGAGUCAGGCACCCGCCUCACCACCUCGGACUCUACGACACCACACCGGACGCCUUCUCACCACCAGGCAUCAGCGCUCACUCACUCCCUCUCGUCGGCCUCCUCCUCCUCAUCGCCAUGCGCCGCGCGCCGCCGCCGCCGUAAUGUCGUCCCCCGCCACCGCCCCCAUCGCGCAGACCCUCUGGGACGCGCGCGUCCCGCUGCACAUCACGCACGAGUCCGCCCCGACGACGCCCUUCAUCGCCGCCGUCCCGCGCUUCAGCUACCUCGCGCUCCUGCUGCCGCGCCUGUCGGCCUUCUUCGGCGCCCCCUGCUCCAGCUUCCACUUCGAGGACGUCCAGCUGCGCAACCUCGCCGCCGGCCUGCUCGUCGACCUGUACCGCCCGGCGCUGCCCUGGCGCCUGACCGUCGCCGACGGCGUGGGCUGGGACAUUGCCGACACGUUUCUCAACUGCGUCAAGGAGGUGAGGGCCGACUUCAUCCGCAAUGGCAACGCCAACCAGAUCAUGAAGAUGUCCAAGGAGCACACCACUCAGCUCUGGAACGCCGUCAUCGACAACGAUUUUGCCUCCUUCAGCAAGGUCAACGCGCGGCUGCUCAACGCCCCCACCGCGCUCAAGAACGUGCCCCUGCGUAUCUACAUCCCCUCCGCCAAGCCCUCGACAGCAGCAGCCGAGGCCGCUCAGAGCGGCGGCCCAGACGCAGGACAGGUCGCCGAGGCGGGUUCCUUCAGGGUCCUCCAGGCGCUCGUCCCCGCGGCCGGACCGGAUCGCAAGCCCCGGCUGCUAGGUCAGGCGCUGAAGGAGGCCAUGCCCCGGCUGUUUCCCAGCAGCCGCGACCCGGUGCUCGCGGGUGUACUUUUGCAUGGGGCGCCGGUGCCGUUCGAGGCUCCUCUGGGGGAGUUGAUGCGGGAGGCGGCGUAUCCUGA